GCCACCGGCUGCAGGAGAGCGGCUUUACUUCUGGCCGCGGAGGCGGAGACUGGAACUUCCUGCGCGACAGUCCGGCGAGUCAUUUCCCGGUGGCGGCUCUGAGUCCCUGCAGCCGGAGACCCUGGAUCGGGUGGGAACGUGGGGCCUAGCCGCUGACCCUGCCCGGGGGGCUUUUCCGGAUCGUGCAGGAAGGACGGGGAAGCUCGGACCCUCCGUCCCGCCUUUGCACCAGCCGGGACCCCCUGGAACUGGGGUGUCCGCCGGGGUCUGGAGGUCCGCCCGCUCUCCGCACCCACAGAGGCGGCCUGGGCCCUGUGCGCCUUUUACACGGCUUAGGGAGGGGGCACUGAGGGCGGCAGCACCACCCUCAGCCCGGGGUCCUGUCUCACCCGGGCCUGGCAGGAUAGGUGGUGGUGGGGCUGAGUCCCUGAGAGCCACCUCUGUCACCUGCCUCUGACCUUUCCCAGGCCUCAAUGGCUGUGGCGGCGUUGAUGGGCCCCAGGCAGGCAGCCCACCCAGAAGAUGCUGGGAGCCGUGGAGGAUUUAGAGCAGAGGAUGAACGUUGGGGAUGCAAAUCAAGUCAAGAUGGCGCCUGGCAGUUUGCCAGGAGGAGAAGUUUGUGAAGCAACGCCAGCAAGCCAUUAAGAUGAUGAGGAUUCCUUAUUGGCUGACUGCUGUAUCUAGGUGAUGUUAAUUGAGUUAAGCUGUGUGUAAUUAGUUGGGUAUAUGUACCUCUGCUGUCCCGCAGAGAAGUGGCUCCUGCUACCUUGGGUGCCCGCUACUUUGAGUUCUCGCUCAGUUCCUGCUGAGUUCACUCGCAAUAAAGUCGUUCUUGAUUCAACCUUCAAGUUGCUUGUCACCUCUCGGUUAUUUUGCCCAGCCGGACUGCGGCAGAUGAAGGUGGUAGGACUUGGAUCUUAACCAGACUCCCUGUGGAUGCAGAGUGGAAACUUGAAUGUGUGGUGAGGAUGGACAUCAGGCAGGCCAAGGAGUAGCUCACUGCAGUAGUCCAGGUCAGUAGAAGAACUGCAGGUGGAUUCUGGAUCUGCUGAGCAGACUUUCUGAUGGGCAGGUGAGAAGGAGGACAAAUGACACCAUGGUUCUGGGUUUUAGCUGCAGGAAGGAUGGAUGAUCUGUUAACUGAGAGAGGAGGUUGGUUCUAGUGGGAAUUUUUGGUGGAAAUAGGUUAGGUUUUAGCCAUGUUGAAUCUCUGAUGUUUUCAAGAUUCUGAGUGGAUUUGAAGAGUGGAUUGAUAAUAUAUGUUCUGGCGGGGGGAGGUGUUAAUUAAGGGCAUGAGAACAAUAUGCAAACUGAACCAUGGCCAGACCAUAUGUAAAAGUGGCACUCUGACCCGAAACCUGCCCAGGAAACCACCCCCUCAAGUUCAUACACACCCCAGGAGGCCAGCCUGCUGCAAGUCAGACUUGCAGGAAGCCAGAUUGCCAUCUCUAGUGACAGUCCAGCUAAUUAAAUAACAACUUCAGUGACAAUUGAUCACCUGUGUGGUCCAGGCUUGAUUAAUAACUGACAACUGUGAUUGUUUUUCCUGUGUCCAACUUAGGACCAAACACAAAAAGCCAAAUGUGUUCCCCGACCCAUCAUACAGACUGCUCUGCUUCUGUGAGUCCACUUACAAACAACAUCCGCCAGCCUCGCCCUUUGCCUCCAGUUAGGGCAUACCUGCAGCUCUCCCUGUUCUCCAUUAUAAUGCUUUCCCCCAGUUCUGCCUCCCAUUGAGCCUCUGCCAAACCCUCAGCAAUGGAGGCUGACUCCCUUGGUUUAGCCAGCUCUGAAGAAAUAGCCCUUGCUUUUCUCGUUUGGGGGGUCUCUCUCUCUCUCUCUCUCUCUCUCUCUCUCUCUCUCUCUCUCUCUGCAAAACAUCCAAAUUGUGGCAUCGUGUGUUGACAAGAGUGAAGAUAGGUGGCAGAUUUAAGAGGAUGGAAUCUUCAGGUCCUGGUGACAAUCCUGGUAAGAGGAAGGUGUGGCUGGAGAACUGAGAGUAGGACAUCUUGCUUGGGCAUCAGGGUUGGCUUGUUUGGCAUCACAAAAAUGGAUGAGGAAGAGUGGUGGUCAUGGCGAGGGAUGCUGUGUGGGAUAAAAGCAUCUGGCAAGUGGCCAGAUCUUCCUCGGGGCAUAGGUAGGAGAUGGAUAUUGAGGUUUGGUAAUCAGAGAAGUAAUGCUCCAGUGAGGUUUGGGCUGUCCUUAUCCACCCCCCUGUUCUUUCCAGAAUUUUGUAGUGACCCUUAAUGGAACCUGGGGAUUUUCAGUCAGGCUGAGGAAUGGGCUCAGGGGUAGGUAAUUAGUUGGAAUUGUUGCCAGCAACAAUUGUUGCUGUGGGAUGGUGGGAUGUAUUAGUUAGCUUUACAUUGCUGUGACAAAAUCCUGGGGUAAUCAGCUUAAAAGGAACAAAGGUUUGUUGUAUCUCAUGGUUUUAGAGGUUUCAGUCCAUCAUGGCUUAGCCCUGUUGCUUUGAGUGUGCAUGCAUAGUCCAUCAUGGUGGUACUUGUGGAAGAGAAAGAGUGUUCAGCUCAUGAUGGCUAGGAAGCAAAGCGAGAGGAGGGGCUGGGAUCCCAAUGUGCCCUUCAAGGACCUAAUUUCCUUCCAGUAGGCCACACCUCCUAAAGGUUCCACCCCCUCCCAAUAGCAUCACAGGCUGGGGACCAAGUCUUCAACAUAUGGGACUUUGGGGGACAUUCAAGAUCUAGACUGUGAAUGGGAGUAGGAAGAGCAGAGGGAUUGGCUUUGAGUGUGGGUGAUGAAGGGAUGGCAUUUACAACACAGAGGGGCCAAGUGCACCUGACACCUCAUCUGUGUGUGCUCCGGGUGGUUCAUGUUGAAGCCAGGAGCAGGUCAGGUCUCAGAAGCAGAGGUGAGGUUACCUUUGGCAGUGGGUGACACCAAAGGCCCAGGGCAGAAUGGGAUCAUGGCUGUAUUUGUCAAGCACUCUCUGGGUGCCAUGUGCAGAGUGACAUGUGGGAGUCCAUGGAGAUGGCUGUGCUGUGGACAGGGGAGAGGGUAGCUGUGACAGCGAGCAUGGAGUGGUGAGGUCCAGAGUUGUUCAAGGAGUGAAGCGCAUCCAGGAGUGAGCUCUUGGCCGAGGGGAUCCACACUGGGGAUUAGGGGAAAAGACGGAGCCCCCUUUUGUUUGAGCCUGAGAAGCAUGACGUGGAUGGCACUAGGGAAGGGGGUUGAAGAGGGGUUUAGCCCCUCCAGGACAGGGCCAGAGCUUAGAUGGUGUCCCUGUACCCACUGCUCCGUGGCCAUCUGUGGGCUGACAGAGUGGUCAUGUGGAGCAGGAGAAAAGAGCAAGCAGGAACUGGGCCUGGUGUCUUCCUGGAGCUGGGGAGCAGGGUGAGGGAGGAGGGUGAGCAGGGGACAGGUAGGGCAUGCUGAGGAGAGAGACUGAUCACAGAAUGAAAUGUCCUCAUCAUAGCAGGGCUGUGUGACCUUUGAGGACGUGACCAUUUACUUCUCUCAGGAGGAGUGGGGACUGCUGGACGAGGCUCAGAGGCUCCUCUACUGUGAUGUGAUGCUGGAGAACUUUGCACUCACAGCCUCACUGGGACUUACAUCUUUCAGGUCCCACAUAGUUGCCCAGCUGAAUAUGGGGAAAGAGCCCUGGGUGCCUGACAGAGUGGAUAUGACAACUGCCAUGGCAAGAGGGGCUUAUGGCAGGCCUGGUUCUGAUUUUUGCCAAGGAAGAGAGGGUGAGAAGCUACCUUCUGAACAAAGUGUCUCUGUAGAAGGAGUUUCACAGGACAGGAAUUCCAAGGCAGCUCUAUCUACCCAGAAGACCUACCCUUAUGACACGUAUAGCCUACAGUUGAAAGACUACCAGGCAACAUAUCCCAUGCAGAAGCCGUCCAUGUGUGAGGUGAAUGGGAGAGGGUUCAAGGUCAAUGCAAGUCCUCUCCAGCAACAGGCACAGCAGAAUGCAGACAGGUCUGUCAGAAGGGAGGAAGGCAGAGCCUGUCCUAUGAAGACCUUCAGAGACCACACAUCAGAGAAGACUUUCAUGUGCAGGGACAGCAGGAAGGACUUUGCGACCACAUCAGGCUCUCUGCAGCAUCACGUCACUCCAAGUGUGGAGGAGUCACACAGGAGCAGUGAAGGUGCAGUGGAUUCUCAAACUAUGCGAAGACAUAACAAGAGCUGUGAAUUCAGGGACGGUGAAUUUUUGAGCGACAAAUCCUCACUUGUUCAGCACCAGAGAAUCUAUGCUGGAGAAAGGCCUUAUGAAUGCAGCAAGUGUGGAAUAUUCUUUAGCCAUGUUACCAGUCUCAUUCAACACCAGAGGGUUCACAGCAGAGGAAAACCUUAUGAGUGCUGCGAAUGUGGCAAAUUCUUUAGCCAAAACUCCAGUCUCAUAAAGCAUCAGAGAGUUCACACUGGUGAAAGCCCUCAUGUGUGCAGCGACUGUGGGAAAUUUUUUAGCCGAAGAUCCAACUUUAUUCAACAUAAGAGGGUUCACACUGGAGAAAAGCCAUAUGAAUGCAGUGAAUGUGGGAAAUUCUUUAGCCAUCGCUCCAACCUCAUUCAUCAUAAGAGGAUUCACACUGGUAGAAGUGCUCAUGAAUGCAGGGAAUGUGGGAAAUCCUUCAAUUGCAACUCCAGCCUAAUUAAACAUUGGAGAGUUCACACUGGAGAAAGAUCUUAUAAGUGCAAUGAAUGUGGAAAAUUCUUUAGCCACAUUGCUAGUCUCAUUCAACACCAGACCAUUCACACUGGUGAACGACCUUUUAGGUGCAGUGAAUGUGGGAAAGCCUUCAGCCGAAGCUCUUACCUCAUGAAACAUCAGAGAGUUCACACUGGUGAACGGCCUUAUGAGUGCAACGAAUGUGGGAAAUUGUUUAGCCAAAGCUCCAGUCUUAAUAGCCAUCGAAGACUUCACACUGGUGAACGACCAUAUCAGUGUAGUGAAUGUGGGAAAUUCUUUAACAAAAGCUUCAGCCUCAAUAACCACCGGAGGCUUCACACUGGUGAACGGCCUUUUGAGUGCAGUAAAUGUGGGAAAACUUUCAGACAAAGGUCAAAUCUGAGUCAGCACCAGGAAGUUCACAAACCAGACAGGCCUUUUGAGUGUAAUGAAUGUGGGAAAGCCUUCAGCCGAAGCUCUGACCUCAUGAAACAUCAGAGAGUUCACACUGGUGAACGGCCUUAUGAGUGCAACGAAUGUGGGAAAUUGUUUAGCCAAAACUCCAGUCUUAAUAGCCAUCGGAGACUUCACACUGGUGAACGACCAUAUCAGUGUAGUGAAUGUGGGAAAUUCUUUAACAAAAGCUCCAGCCUCAAUAACCACCAGAGGCUUCACACUGAUGAACGGCCUUUUGAGUGCAGUGAAUGUGGGAAAACCUUCAGACAAAGGUCAAAUCUGAGUCAGCACCAGGAAGUUCACAAACCAGACAGGCCUUAUGAGUGUAAUGAAUGUGGGAAAGCCUUCAGCCGAAGGCCCACCCUCAUUCAGCAUCAGAAAAUUCACGCCAGAGAAAGGAAUAUAGAGAAUGUACUCCCUCCUUGUUCAACACAACACCACACACCGGAGAGAAGCUCUGAGAGUAGGCUUUAUGAGGAGCUCUCAGACAGAUGUUGAACCUUGGUCAACCAAUAGUCUGCACUGGGGAGAUUUCCUAUGGAGGCUCGAUAUGGUGGAAGCUUCCAGGAGCUGAGUUGCAUUUUCCGACGGUGAAUGUUAUCAGAGUUCUGUCACUGUGAGGAUUUAUAACAGAAGCUCUCCCACUGACAGACCUCCAGAGUGUAUGUCAGCCUCUCCACAGCACUCAGGGAAGGCAGAUCUCUUUCUGCUCCCUGGAGAGAAUGAUCAGUAGCCUGAGGCCAUUGGAAGAUGUCCUUCCCUUCCCCUGUGGCAGAUUUAUCCGUGGACAUGAUCCAUUUUUAGCCAUGAAGACCUGAGUGGGGUUCUACUGGCAGCUUGCAGAAAAGGUUUCCCUCUUUCAGGGACAUUGGUCUAAUGUGAUUCUUGUGAUGGACUUAUUCAGCCUCUGUGUUACCUGGCCCAAAUACCUACUGCACAUUGCUGUUUUGUGUGAUAACAAGGGCUUUAUUGAUAAAGCCACCUUUAAUCUCUGUGUUCUGAUCACUGUUAGGAGUGGAAUGAGAACAGAGCAAAUGUCUACUAAAUUAAAGAAGUGUUGUGUGUGCCUCCAAA